AAUGUUUAUUUAAAAAAAUUCAGACGGAAACAUAUUGCAAACUUUUUUGCCCAUUUCAAACAAUUUUGAUUUUGGACGAAUUAUAAUAAUAUCUUCUCUUUUCCUUUACCAAAAAGAUAUAUCUUGUCUUUUUCGUAAAUAGAAAUAACUUUAUUCAACUGAUUUUUGUUUGGUUGUUCAUACUUCAUGAAAUAACAAUUUUCUCCUGGAUUCUACAAGCUUCGAUUACCCGCCACUAUUUCUGUUUACUUCUUCCGAGAAGAAAAAGGGAGAAAAGAUAAAAAUAAAAAUAAAAAGGGUUGUUUAGAAGAGGCAGUAAUGGCGGUUAAUAUGAUUCUCCUUCCCUCCAUUUUCAGUUUUUUCUUCUUCGUCUUCUUCUUCUUCUUCUUGUCACUCGCAUCUCAAGAUGAACAAAGUAACAACCACAAUCUCUUGAUCCUUGAAUUGCGCGACGCCAAGCUCAAGAUCUCUCGUUUGGAAUCUGUUCUUGAAGAAAGAAUUCAAGACCUUAAUGCUAAAACCCUUUCUCUUAAGGAACACCCGAAAUCCCUCGAGGACAUGGCAAACAAGAGCACUUAUCUGCAGUCUGCUCUAUCUGAUCUUAAGGAUCAUUCGUUUCUUGCUGAUGAAAAGCUUAACGCUCUAGAAGAGGAGGCUUCAUGAUCCUAGGUACACAGCCUUUGGGCUGUUUCGAGAAAGAACAAUUUCGAUCUUUAUGUUUUAGAGUUGAAGGCACAGGACGCUGAGGAUAGACCGGAAGCUGUUACAUAGUUGGAAAGAUGGCAGAAGUUGUUACAGAACAAUGGGUUCAAAUUCAACAUCUUGAGCAGUUACUUCAAAUUGCUAAAAUGAGGGCAUUGCAAGCUCAAAAGCAAAGGAAUAUGAGAUGCACAUUCUUGAAGUUCAUAGAUGGCAUUUCUGGAAGACAUCUACCGAAGCUGUUCAAGGCCUUGGAUGCUUAUUCAUUGGGAAAAGGACCUAUCAUAAGAUACUAUGUGUCUCAAGCUCUGCAACAAUUGAAAAGAUUUUACUCAGCUAUUAGAAGGUUUCACCCUGAGUUGCAAGCUUUCAUCAAAGAGGAGAUGCAAAGAAAUGAACUUACUGCUGCUUUUGUCAAUGAUGAACUGGUAUUCUUUCUGGCUUCUGCUUUCAUUACCUUCCCUGUACUGGGUGCUUGGAUGCUGCUUUUAACAUAGUUCAGCUAGGUGAAGAAAUUUUCUUUUAGGGGGUAGUGUCUUACCCUGAAAUAGUAGGUGACAUCCAAGCUGUUGUACUUUGUUUUCUCUGAUCUCUUUUACAGAUUGGUUUUUGAUAUUAAAAGGUGAAAGAAGAGUUAGACACAUGUACAGCGUACAGCGCCUGGUCAUUUUGUUGCCAAUGAGUCAAUUUUACAUGGAAGUAUUCCAGGGUCCAGAUCAAUACAGUAUGAUAUUCAUUGACCCAAA